AUGGUCGAUAAGAAGGUGUCUCUUCGCGUCCUCUAUACCAUCAACAGUUCACCCCAGUACAUUCUUGCAAGAUCCCAUGCUCGAGUUCCCGUAGAUUUUAUCCCUUGUCUGGAAGAAAACGACGACUCAACAUGCCCGGACGCGUCCAAAUGUACCCCACUUUAUGCCAGCGUAUCUCUGAAAAUGUGUCUGGACACCAUAUGUCGCUCCAGCCCGGAAUUGACACAGGAUAGCAAUCGAGAUUUCUCACUUUACGUGCUCGACCCUUUGGAAUCCAACUCUGCUCCAGCGCCUGUUAACAUAUCUAAUUCCAGUUCUGAUUCAUCAUACUCCGUAAACAACAAUUCUUCCAACGCAGAACAACCACGAGGCGUGGCCGUGGGACUGGGUUUCAUGUCGUGGGCGUUGACGGCCGACGACGCUGAUGCAGCAACAGUUGUGGGCACUUUGGUGAAACAAGCAAAUGGUCAACAAGCACUAGAAGUUAUUUUUGCUCUCCGAGAGACAAUGGCAAUGAAGAGGCCUGUGUGGACUAUGCAACCACAGCCGUCCUCUUCAAGCACACAGGAGAAUGCAGCUUCAGUGAAUGAAUGUCGCAGAGAUGUCAAACCGUCGGUUUAUCAGGCGAGUAUUUUUUUUACGCAUGCAGGAAACCAAAUGCAAACUCGUUCAUCUGCUAUCGACACUACUCGUGAAACCCUUGCUUCUAUUCAAAUGCGUACAAAGGCAAAGAUUAAACCCCCCAAGCCUAUUCGACAGUCUACAAUACCUAUCACGGAAUCUGACAAAUUCCUAAAUGCGGGUACAUAUAUUGGGCCAUUAAAAAAGAAAGGAAGACCAAAGACCAUUGGCUCCGACACCAAACUGAAUUCCCUUCAGAAUAGUGCUGUUGCUUCUAGCUCGGGUUCAGGUGCCUCUAGUCACCCUAACGAUGUCAUUGUCAUUGAUGGGUCCGACAGCGAGGGAACACCUCCUACUCCUACUCAGACUGCUGUUGAUUUUUUUCAAUCCUCUAAAGGCAAAGGUAGUGCAGUGGAUCGUGCAUCUCUACCCAUUUAUACAACAAAACCCCUAGUGGCAAAUACGUUGGGUGCCUCUGAAAUCAAACAGUCAGAUGUACAAGUGAAACAAGAACCUCAAGAAAUACCGAAUAUUCUCGAUGUUCUGGCCUACCUUACAGCUACCUCCUCAGAAUCUACUGCACAGAACGCAGCGAUUUUGGCCGCCUUGAAUACCAUUGAUUCUUCGAACGGCCAAGGAAAGCAACCCGAAGGAAAUCGUCCCAAUCCACAGCUCAUAUCAGCUCUCAAACAGUUAUUUUCCAUCUAUGCAAGUAGUGCAACACAGAGUCCAAAUUCUGAACAUUCAAACGCUCAAAUGACGAAGCCACACCGACCGUCUGGAUCACACUUACAGGAAGACACUGUUGUUGUACGUGACAAGGAGAAUGUCAACCCUGUAGCGCAUCAGAAACGUUCUGAGGACGGUAAGGCAAAACAUUCGGAUAUAUCCCUCGGAUCUUCAUCUUCACCUGGACCAAGCCGCAUGACGAUACACAAUACUCAUCCAGAACGACAUCCCCACAGCCUUGGUCGAAGCUCGCGUUCUAACGAAAACAUGUCGCAGAGGAUGCCUGUAGAAAAAAUUGGCCGCAAACGAACACUCAGCGAUUUUAUGGAUGAGAAAGAAAAGGGAAAGAACAAGGGUAAAGAACGAGAACGUGUUGAAAAAAGGGACGGCCGUCGGCAUUCCGGCUCACAACAUAACACCAAGGUAGCGCCCGUAGUCGAUUCUCUCCGGCAUUAUCCAAGGGUAUUAGCAUCUAAUCAACCGAGGGCCGAACAACCAGCGAACUACUAUAGGGUACCUCUAGAAUCUAUGACAUCUCCUCCUCGAGGGAGGCCUGAACUUGAUCUCACUAAAUACGAUGCUAAUCGUACAGGCGAAGAAUCGUCCAAAGUUGCUAAAUCGAGGACGCCCUCUCCACGACCGCCUAGAGUGUCGGCGUCCUCCCCAGUUCGUGGAAUACAGAACGAAAACCGAAGAAAAUAUGUUGUUCCUGAAUGGGCAAGGACCAGUACUUCUACCCAACCAAGAUUGUCUGAGGAUGCUCAGCGUGCCCUGCAAGAAGCUGAGGAGAAGAAGAAGCUUGAAAGAGCGGCUGCAAGGAAACGACUUCCAUCUGUACAGGCGAAGCUGAAAGCUAAAAAUUUCUCAGGAAAAGGACAGGUAAAGGAUAGCGAAACAAAGCCAUUUGCUCCCCCUCCUGUUCCCGUUGCUCCUAAAAUUGAUCUGUCACGAGGUCCAAUUAUUGCAAGCAGUGACCGACCCGUGUUCCCUACAGCUAGUGUUCAGUUCCCCUUUGUUUCUUCUACAAGGUCUUCAUCGCCUCCGCCGCAAUCUAACUUUGCACCCAAGACACCAAAGACGCCCAUCAGAGAACGGAGAAACAUCACCACUACACCGGCACGCGAGGACGAGUCUUUGUUCACGCCAAUGGGUAGCGGUAGUCUCUUUGGAAGUGCUCGAUCCCUCCGUACACCUCUGGCUCCUUCAAUAUUAACCUCUCCCCUCGGCAACCGCAAAAAGGCAAAAAUUUCUCCAAUGAGGUCGACGCUUACAGGGAAAGGAUUUAAACCGAUCUCUUUGACCAUUGCCAACAGUUCUUCAGAUUUGAAAGACACGGAGAUCGAUAAAUCUUCGAAGAAAAUGAACCGUGAACUAGAGGAUGCAUUGGAUGACCUUGAAUGUCCUCCAAGUUCUUUACCGAUCGCUAGUAGUGAUCCCGACGUUGAUAGCUCUUACCAAUCUGUUCCAGUGGAAAAUCUCGACCUCGAAGUUCCAGAUGGUGAAGUGCAUGUUCCUGUCAAGCAGCACUGGGCAGGAUUGCCGCCUUCAUCCCCACCAGCUCCAUCUAGUCCCAUGCUUCUUACUGAAGAAGAUGGUCAAACCGACGACGAGAUGGACGAUCUUCCUAUCGCCACUUCAGACAGCGAGCUUGACACCGACAUGAAUGAUUGUGACACAGAUACUCCCUCCCCUGCUGUUGCAAGCCCAUACGAUGACAAUACUCCUGCCGACAGUAAUAACGACAUGUCUUUCUUCCCCCUUCCAGAUGAGACGUCUGCCGAAUCGGCUCACAUAUCUUCCUCUGACCUUUUUGAACAAUUUACGAAUCUUAAUGACCAUUCGGACACACUUCAUGGCAUGGGUAACAUUCAUUUGGACCCCGAAAUGGAGGCACUCUUCCAGAACGGGCUCGAGAACAUUGACUUCUCGGAAUUCUGGGCAACCUUUACACCUUUGAUCGCUGAAAACACUCAGAGCACUCAGGAUUCUCACGUUGACGCAUUUAUUGGUCAAACUGAGAGUUCAACCUCCUUUGAUGAAGUCAACCAUGCAAAACUGGCCGACGAAAUGCAAACCCUGUUGAGUGGCUGUCUCAUGUGA